CGUGGGGGGGGGAGGAGAGAGCGAGCGAGCGAGCGAGGCGUGGUCAUCCCGCGAUGGCGGCCCCGGCCCUGAAGCACUGGCGCACCACCCUGGAGCGGGUGGAGAAGUUCGUGUCGCCGCGCUACUUCACCGACUGUAACCUCCGCGGCAGGCUCUUCGGAGACAGCUACCCGCUGGCCGGCCUCUCCCGCUUCCUGACGCCCGAGCGGCUUCCCUACCAGGAGGCUGUCCAACAGGACUUCAGCCCCACGCAGGUCGGCGACAGCUUCGGACCCACGUGGUGGACCUGCUGGUUCCGGGUAGAGCUGAUCAUCCCCGAAGCAUGGGUGGGCCGGGAAGUUCACCUUUGCUGGGAAAGUGAUGGAGAAGGACUGGUCUGGCGUGAUGGGGAACCUGUCCAGGGAUUGACCAAAGAGGGUGAAAAAACCAGUUAUGUCCUGACUGAUAAGCUGGGAGAAGGAGACCCCCGUAGCCUAACCCUCUAUGUAGAAGUAGCCUGCAAUGGGCUCCUGGGGGCCGGGAAGGGGAGCAUGAUCGCAGCUCCUGACCCUGAGAAGAUGUUCCACCUGAGCCGGGCCGAGCUGGCUGUGUUCCAUCGGGACGUCCACAAGCUCCUGGUAGAUCUGGAGUUGCUGCUGGGCAUAGCCAAGGGCCUCGGGGACGACAACCAGCGCAGCUUCCAGGCCCUCUACACAGCCAACCAAAUGGUGAACGUGUGUGACCCUGCCCAGCCUGACACCUACCCAGUGGCCGCAGCCCUGGCCUCCAAGUUCUUUGGCCAACGUGGUGGUGAAAGCCAACAUACCAUCCAUGCUAUAGGACACUGCCACAUUGAUACAGCCUGGCUCUGGCCCUUCAAAGAGACCGUGCGGAAAUGUGCCCGGAGCUGGGUGACAGCCGUGAAGCUCAUGGAGCAGAACGCCGAGUUCAUCUUCGCCUGCUCCCAGGCACAGCAACUCGAGUGGGUCAAGAGCCACUAUCCUGGCCUGCGAUCCCGGCUCCAGGAGUUUGCCUGCCGUGGGCAGUUUGUGCCCGUGGGGGGCACCUGGGUGGAGAUGGAUGGGAACCUUCCCAGUGGAGAGGCCAUGGUGAGGCAGUUUCUGCAGGGCCAGAACUUCUUCCUGCAGGAGUUUGGGAAGAUGUGCACUGAGUUCUGGCUGCCAGACACAUUCGGCUACUCAGCACAGCUCCCCCAGAUCAUGCGUGGCUGUGGCAUCACACGCUUCCUGACACAGAAAUUGAGCUGGAACUUGGUGAACUCCUUCCCACACCACACCUUUUUCUGGGAGGGGCUGGACGGUUCCCGUGUGCUGGUCCACUUCCCACCAGGAGACUCCUAUGGGAUGCAAGGCAAUGUGGAGGAGGUGCUGAAGACCGUGACCAACAACCGGGACAAAGGGCGGACCAACCACAGUGCCUUCCUCUUCGGCUUCGGGGACGGGGGUGGUGGCCCCACACAGACCAUGCUGGACCGCUUGAAGCGGCUGGGCAAUACUGACGGGCUGCCCAGGGUGCAGCUGUCGUCUCCAGAGCAGCUCUUCAUGGCACUGGAGAGAGACUCGGGACAGCUGUGCACAUGGGUCGGAGAGCUCUUCUUGGAGCUGCACAAUGGCACCUACACCACUCAUGCCCAGCUCAAGAAGGGGAACCGGGAAUGUGAGCAGAUACUGCAUGACGUGGAGCUGCUCAGCAGCCUGGCCCUGGCCCGCAGUGCCCAGUUCCUCUACCCAGCGGCCCAGCUGCAACACCUCUGGAGGCUCCUGCUCCUGAACCAGUUCCAUGAUGUGGUGACUGGAAGCUGCAUCCAGCAGGUGGCAGAGGAUGCCAUGAGCCACUAUAAAGACAUUCGUUCCCAUGGCAGCGCGCUGCUUGGUGCUGCGGCCGCAGCCCUGUGCGCUGGGGAGCCCGGGCCUGAGGCCCUCCUCAUCGUCAACACGCUGCCCUGGAAGCGCACGGAAGUGGUGGCCCUGCCCAGGUCUGGCGGUGCCCACAGCCUAGGCCUCAUUCCCAGCCCUGGUGACGGUGCCCAGCGUGGGCUAUGCCCCGGCUCCCACCCCUACCUCACUACGGCCCCUGCUGCCCCAGCAGCCCGUGUUUGGUGGGCCCGGGAGAGCCCUUCAGACUCAGCUCAAGGACCCUUCCUAUCCAAGACUGAUGGCUCUGUGACUCUGGACAAUGGCAUCAUCCGGGUGAAACUGGAUCCUACUGGCUGCCUUAUCUCCCUAGUCCUGGUGGCCUCUGGCAGGGAGGCCAUUGCUGAGGGCGCCCUGGGGAACCAGUUUGUGCUGUUUGAUGACGUGCCCUUAUACUGGGAUGCAUGGGAUGUCAUGGACUACCACCUAGAGACACGGAAGCCUGUAUUGGGUCAGGCAGGAACCCUGGCUGUGGGCACUGAGGGUGGCCUCCGGGGCAGCGUCUGGUUCCUGCUGCAAAUCAGCCCCAACAGCCGACUCAGCCAGGAGGUUGUGCUGGAUGUUGGCUGUCCCUAUGUCUGCUUCCACACCGAGGUGCACUGGCAUGAGGCCCACAAGUUCCUGAAAGUGGAGUUCCCUGCCCGCGUGCGCAGCACCCAGGCCACCUAUGAGAUCCAGUUUGGGCAUCUACAGCGACCUACCCACUCAAACACCUCUUGGGACUGGGCUCGAUUUGAGGUUUGGGCCCACCGCUGGAUAGAUCUUUCAGAGUGUGGCUUUGGGCUAGCCCUGCUCAACAACUGCAAGUAUGGAGCAUCAGUGCGAGACAAUGUCCUCAGCCUCUCGCUGUUGCGGGCACCUAAGGCCCCAGAUGCUACUGCUGACAUGGGGCGCCAUGAAUUCACAUACGCCUUGAUGCCACACAAAGGCUCCUUCCAAGAAGCUGGUGUUAUCCAAGCUGCCUACAACCUCAACUUCCCCCUGCUGGCACUGUCCACACCAGGCCCCGCACCGGCCACCGCUUGGAGCGCCUUCUCCCUGUCCUCACCUGCUGUGGUGUUAGAGACCAUCAAACAGGCGGAGAAGAGUUCUCAGAACCGCACAUUGGUGCUGAGGCUGUACGAGGCCCACGGCAGCCAUGUGGACUGCUGGCUGCACAUCUCCUUACCAGUUCAGGAGGCUUUCCUCUGCAACCUCCUGGAGGAGCGAGACCCUGCUGGCCACCUGGCACUCCAGGACAACCGCCUGAAGGUCACCUUUUCUCCCUUCCAAGUGAGGUCCCUAUUGCUUGUGCUUCAGCCUCCACCAAAUUAAGUCUAAUUUGGAAGACUUUAGGAACACCUCAAUCUGUCUCCCCAGCCUCUUGUACAAUAAAUCCUCUGUCAGUCCUGCUGGUAA